AGGGGUCGCGCAGCGGGGUCAUUGCUCCAUACAUGAUGGUGUAUUCCAGAACGAUUGCGCGAUGGGGUUAGGGACUUUUGGAUAUAAGUAUCAGUUCCAUCUUCCUAGACAAUCACAAUACAAAAUCAAUUCAAUCUUUCAAAAUGGCUCCAUCAGCAACCGAAACCGUCACGGAAACCCUCCCAAUUCGCACCACUGUCAAGCUCACCAGCAACACUGGUACAUACAAAGAGCUUGCUCCCAUCGGGUACGAAAAGGACACCGAAGAGCAGGGUAAGGACGGCUUCAGCGCUGCCAAGUACCAGAACUAUCUCCCGCACUGGGAAAUUAAUGAACGUUACCCACCUCUUGAGCCAUUCGAGCAUCGUGAUCAUGGUCUCGAUGCCGACAAAAGCUAUCCUGAUCUCCUUCACAGCGGGGUCACCACCACUGAGCUUACCCCCACUAUUGGCACGGAGGUCACGGGAGUUCAACUCAGUAAGCUCAGUCAGGCAGGAAAAGACCAACUUGCAAGAUAUGUUGCAGAGAGAAAGGUAGUCGCAUUCCGGGACCAAGACUUCAAAGACUUGCCCAUCAGUGAGGCAUUGGAUUAUGGACGAUACUUUGGUCGUCUUCAUAUCCACCCUACGUCAGGUGCUCCUAAGGGCUAUCCCGAAGUUCACCUCGUCCACCGAGGAGCAGGCGACAAGACCGCAGAGUCCUUCUUCCAAACCCGGACCAGCUCCGUAGCAUGGCACAGUGAUGUCUCUUACGAAGCUCAACCACCCGGAACGACAUUCCUCUACAUCCUAGAUGUCCCAGAAGUAGGAGGCGACACACUCUUCGCCAACCAAGUCGAAGCCUACGAGCGUCUGAGCGAGGGAUUCAAGGAGCGAUUACACGGCUUGAAGGCUACGCACUCAGGUAUUGAGCAGGUCAAUGCCAGCAAAGGGAAGAAUGGAGCUGUGAGGAGAGAGCCAGUCAUUUCUGAGCACCCCAUUGUUCGGACACAUCCUGUGACUGGAGAGAAGGCUCUCUAUGUCAACCCGCAAUUCACAAGAGGUAUUGUCGGAUACAAGCAGGAAGAAAGUGAUGUCCUGUUGAAAUUCUUGUACGACCACAUCGCCUACGGAGCUGACUUCCAAGCUCGAGUCAAAUGGGCAGAAGGGACUGUGGUUGUGUGGGAUAACAGAGUGACUUCCCACUCAGCUUUGGUUGAUUGGAAGAGCGGACAGCGACGACAUCUGGCAAGAAUUGCGGCGCAAGCUGAGCGUCCUACAGAGACUCCUUACAAGGCAUGAGAAAGAUCGUGAUAGAAGAUUAGAACACUGAAGGCGAGAACCGUCGAGCAGUACAAAUGUAGUCCUCAGCUUCCGCUCUUUGAACUAUUCACG